AUGAUUACCUCCACUCCCUCCCAGAGAAAGAGGCUAUCACGCAAGAUCGACUGUUACCGUCUGCGAAUCGAGGACGAAUAUAAUUUUGGAGGAGAUGCUGGUGGGUUGUAUGGUGGGGAGGAUCCGUUGCCUGAUUUCAAGGAAUUCUUGAACAAGGCCGAGAAGAAGGAAGGUAUUUUGCCGAAGUGGUGGAAUAAGGACAAGCGGAAGGAGUGUGAGAAGGUUGCUACGAGAGAUGGCUGGGCGAAUAUCAACCAUGCGGUUGAGAAGUCCGAUAUUAUUGAGCAUUACAAGAAUCCCAUGAUGCCGAUGAAAUUGAGGGUCUUAGGAGAGAAGAUCUACGGCACAGGUUUCAUGUAG